AAUAGAAGGAUCCCUUAUUGUCCAGACCCAGAUCGAAUCCUGGAGACAACCUAUCGAACAACCGGUCCGGUGGAUCUGACAUAUCGCCUUUCGCAGUUCGCAGUUCUACCUCCUCUAUAUUUCAUCGUAGUCGAUGUAAGUUAGAGUUGGUAGAGUUUCAUUCCCCUGCUAGAAUAUUGGCCGCUUUCUGGGUAGCUUUCAGACCUGUGGAUUGCCUUGGUGUGUGAGAAAGGAAUCCCGAGAUAACAUGAGGUCAGAUGGAUCUGUUCCUUUGGAUCUUUCUUCCCUUGGACCCUGAUCCUCCAGCGUCUAGAAUUUACAGGUUAUCUGCCAUGAGAACAAAGUAGGACUGGCAUGCGGGACAGCGUUCCAAAGUGGCUUUCGCAGCUUGUUUCCUCCUACGACGCGCCAUGGUUUUUGUUCUCAGUGCGAGCUCCUUCGGCGACAUUGUGCUCAUUAUAGCCCUCGCAUCCAAGAUUUACACUACACUCAGUCAUUAUGAUGAAAGCGAUGAACUGAAUGCCCUGCGCGGCUUCCUCCAGUCCUAUAUAUUGACUCUCGAGUUCUUCGACAAGCUACUUGGGCCACUCGAGCGCAGCCUUCCCGACGAUGUAGUGCGCGCGAUUCGGGAGUCCCUCAACACCUGCAAGGUACUCACGGAUGAUUUCGCCAAGAGGAUCGCUUCACACUCCCGAAAGUCCUCGCCUCAUGCUCUAGGACGGCUCGGUUCUUGGGUUUAUAGCAGGUUGAUCUCACCUUUCCUGUGGCAGUCGACUAAAGAGGACAUGGUUCACCUGCACGAGAAGUUGCACUCACAACUUCAGUUUAUCAGUGUUGUGCUGACGGUUGUGCUACGACAAAAUCAGUCUGAUUUUGAAGGCAUUUCAGCAUCGGAGCACGUCAUGCUAGUCGACAUGUUGGAUGAGCGAUUAGAGGUCCCUCUUCACGCUUGUGUAUCUGCAGAGGUCUUUCAUGGAUUCUUACGAGCUCGCUUUCGGGCGCGUGCUGGCCGUGCUCUUAUUGAACGUGGAGACUACACGGUUGUCCUUAGAACGAGGGACAGUCAGGUUCGGGAGCUUGAAUGGGGCAUUCUUCCGGAGGACGGCGCAGAGCUGGACAUGCGUGCUCUUAUGCGUGUGACGGAUGAAGCAGUUCGUCGAUGUCCCAGGUGUAAGAAGAUUGUCCGUGAGCUGUUGACCGGAGACACGACUUGCUCGUAUUGCCGGACUUCCCUCCAUAUCAUCAAUCAGUCGUCUCUGAGCCUAUCGACUACGGGUUGGAUCUGCCGUUCAUUGGGUCUCGUGUCGCCAAUUUACUUCAGAGUCCAGAACGACGGCGGUGCCGAUCCUCAAGUUGUCGACCCUGACACGGAGUGGCAGUACAUUCGUCGACUGACGCUUGCGUUGCCUGCGCAGAGCGUGGGACCUAACUUGGCGGUUCUCAAUACGCCGGUGGAUGGCCCACAGUCCACCUCGGAGGACAAUACGCAAUCGCAAGGAGCCUGAGUUUUUUUAGCCUGUGAUAUUAACGUAGAAUGUCUGACAUAAAUACCCCCUCACACACAUGCUCAGACUAUCUGACGUUAACCUCAAUGAAUUCAAAUCGUUCUAUGUAUCGGUUCACCUCAUGACUUCUUUCCUCCUAACUUUUAUCCUGUAUAUAGUCUCGGUACCGAAUAUCCUGGCCCGUUCAAAUACUACUUGGUAGUAAUUUUUUCCUAC